AUGAGCGGUCCUCCUUCCGGCUUCCCACCUCGCAGCAUGGGCCUCCCGCCGCUCUCGCACGGCGGCCCUCGGUCGUCCAUGAUGUCUGUCGAGUACGACGGCAUCCCGUUGCCACCGCCGAGCAUCCGCUCCUGUGGCUCGCAGCAGUACGUGACGAGUUACAUCCCCACGGGCACGGCCUUCCCUCCCCAUAGUGUCCAGGACUUGAUCUCGAGCAUGAAGUCCUACGCCAGUGCCACGAAUCUCGUGCGCACGUACAGCGACAUCCCGUCGGUCGAAGAAGCGCUCGUGACGCUGGACCGCGCAGCAGUCGCGCUAAGUGCGAGACGCUAUCGAGACGCGUUAAAGUUGUACUUGGAAGGCGGGUACGCCAUGGCGAACGUCGCCGAGCGCCAGACCCACGCCAAGAUCUGCAACUUAUUGACGAGCAAAGGCUUCGAGACGCUGAAUUGGUGUGCGCGGCUCUGCGACUGGAUCGAAGGGCGCGUGCAGGAGAAACACCCGCGUCCAGGCGUGCACAAGGUCGGGAUCCCCGUGAGCAAUUGGGACGAAGACUGGCUGGGCCCGUGCUUGGACGAAGAAGAGGCGCGUCGACUGUGGUACACGCCCGUUUUCUGUCCGCACCCCGUGGACUUUUCGAACUUUGGGUACCGUCUGCGAUGUGUAGAAACAGGACGACGGCCCCGUCUGAUGGUGUGCAUCACUAUGUACAACGAAGAGCCCGCGCAGCUUAAAGCAACAUUGAAGAAACUCGCAAACAACUUGGCGUACUUGAAAGAACAGCAGCAGACGGGGCAGUCGCAGCGGAAAAACGGGCUCACAGGCCCGUUUGCAGGCGACAAUGUGUGGCAGAACGUCCUCGUGUGUAUCGUCGCUGACGGCCGCGAGCAGGUCAAUGACAAGAUGCUCGAGUACUUGGAGUCCAUUGGCUUGUACGAUGAAGACCUCUUGACCAUCAACAGCGCUGGCAUUGGCGCGCAAUGUCAUUUAUUUGAACACACGCUGCAGCUCUCCGUGAAUGGCAAGUGCCUCUUGCCCAUUCAGACGGUGUUUGCUCUCAAGGAGCGCAAGUCGAGCAAAUUGGACUCGCAUCGGUGGUACUUUAACGCGUUUGCUGAGCAGGUGCAGCCGGAGUACACGGCAGUGAUGGACGUUGGCACGAUGUUGACGAAAUCCGCGCUCUAUCACUUGCUCUUUGCGAUGGAACGCAAUCACCAGAUUGGUGGAGCGUGCGGCCAGCUCACGGUGGACAAAGCGUUUGAAAAUCUGAGCAACUGGGUCGUCUCGGCGCAGCAUUUCGAGUACAAGAUCUCCAAUAUCUUGGACAAGUCGUUGGAGAGCUGUUUUGGCUUUAUCAGUGUCUUGCCAGGGGCGUUCUCAGCAUAUCGCUACGAAGCUGUUCGAGGGGCUCCACUGGAUGCGUACUUCCAGACGCUCAACGUCGAUUUGGACGUUCUAGGACCUUUUCUCGGCAACAUGUACCUUGCGGAAGACAGGAUCUUGUCCUUUGAAGUUGUGGCACGCAAAGACUGCAAGUGGACUAUGCACUACGUCAAGGACGCAGUCGCCCGUACCGAUGUACCGCACAAUCUUGUCGGUCUCAUCUCGCAGCGAAAGCGCUGGCUCAAUGGCGCGUUCUUUGCCACGCUCUUUAGCAUUUGGAACUGGGGUCGCAUCUACUCGGAGAGCUCGCACUCGUUUUCAAGGAAGAUGGCCUUCCUGGCGUUGUACCUGUAUCAUCUAUUGUACACGGUGUUUGGCUUCUUCCUGCCUGCGAAUUUGUACCUGGCACUAUUUUUCGUCGUCUUCCAGGGCUUUCAGCAAAAUCGUCUCGAGUUUGUCGACACUUCGGGGUACUCGCAAACUGUGCUGGACUGUGCGGUGUACAUGUACAACUUCGCAUACCUUUUUGGUCUGCUGAUGCUCAUCAUUAUUGGACUGGGCAACAACCCAAAGCACAUGAAGCUCACGUACUAUUUCCUGGGUGCUGUCUUUGGGGUCAUGAUGAUGCUCUCGUCGCUCGUGGGCGUCGGCAUCUUCUUCUCAUCGCCAGCUAAUAUCAACUCGAUCGUCGUGUCGGUCCUUACAGUUGGCGUAUACUUCAUCGGUCCAGCUCUUCAUGGCGAGGUGCACCACAUCUUCAUGACGUUCACGCACUACACGGCGUUGAUCCCGAGCUUCGUGAACAUUGCGACCGUCUACUCAUUUUGCAAUCUGCAGGACUUGUCAUGGGGCACAAAAGGUCUGCACGACGACCCGCUACUGCUGUCACUGGAUGACACGGAGAAGGGGGACUUUAAGGACGUGAUUGCCAAGCGCCGUGCGAUGGAAGAGUGUCGUCGUGAAGAGAAAGAGCGUGCUGAGAACAGGAAGAAGAGUUUCGAAGCGUUUCGCACCAACAUCCUCCUCACCUGGGCGUUCUCCAACCUCAUUUUCGCGCUUUUCAUCGUGUACUUCACCAGUUCGUCGAUUUACAUGCCUCUGCUGUACAUUUGUGUGGCAAGCAUCAACUCGUGCCGGCUGCUUGGGUGUGCUGGUCACUUGAUUUACAUCCACACGACCGGCUUGCGUGAUCGUGUUCUUGACAAGACCGAGUGUGGCAACGGGACUGGGCGGUACCCUCAGAACUCGUAUGUGCAGCUUGAUGAGCACUACGCUGCCCUCACAGAGGACCAGCGCGCUUUUGCUUCCGGACGUACCAAUGCUUCUGCACGUUCCAACAAUGAUGUUUACUCGGCCGCGUAA